AUGGCCGCUGAUCAUCAGGGUGCACCCUUGGCGCGAAGGCUGCGGGUCAACGGCGGCGGCGACAUUCUUCACCAGAGACAGGAGCAGAAGCCUUACCGUUGUUUCGGCGGUGCCUAUUCGGCAAAAGCGGAUGACACCGGUAGAAGGGCAGCACGGAAGGUUGUGCAACGGACCCGACUUAAUGAAUAUAUGGACAAAUUCAUAUAUAUUACUCAAGCUCUACAACCCCAAUUCGUUUUCUAUUUGCCCAUUUUCAACACGCAGGCCGGUUUGCGCAGUAUAACUUUAAACAUGACUCAAACCAUUCAGCAAGAAGAGCCAAUUGCCAUUGUUGGCAUUGGUUGCCGGUUCCCCGGUGCAGCCAGCACUCCUUCGAAGCUCUGGAAAGUAUUGCAAGAGACACCAAACUUAGCAAAGGUCAUCCCCCAAGAACGAUUCAAUCUCGAUAGAUUUUACCAUCCCGUCGGAACUCACCACGGCACAAGUAAUGUAAAGGAAACUUAUUUCUUAGAUGAAGACAUCAAGCGGUUCGAUGCCGGAUUCUUCAAUAUUCCCCCACCAGAGGCUGGCGCCAUGGACCCCCAACAUCGGCUGUUGAUGGAGACGGUGUAUGAGGCCAUGGAGACAGCAGGAACAACCAUUGAGCAAUUACAAGGGUCGAACACAUCUGUCCACGUCGGUGUAAUGUGUAGCGAUUACUACAUCCUCUCUGCACAGGACUUGGACAGUGUGUCGACAUAUAACUCAACAGGAAUUGCAAACAGCAAUGCCUCUGCCCGCCUGUCGUACUUCUUCGACUGGCAUGGCCCUUGCAUGACAAUUGACACGGCCUGUUCUUCUAGUCUGGUAGCCGUUCAUCAGGCUGUCCAGACUCUGCGAGCGGGUACCUCUCGCGUAGCAAUUGCUGCCGGUACUAACCUGCUCCUGUGCCCGCUCGGGUAUAUCUCAGAAAGUUUGUUGGGGAUGCUUUCACCAGAUGGCCGGUGCCAAAUGUGGGAUGAGAAGGCAAAUGGCUAUGCUCGUGGCGAAGGUGUCGCUUGUCUGAUGCUGAAGAAACUAAGUGAUGCAAUUGCAGACGGUGAUCAGAUUGACUGUGUCAUCAGAGAGACUGGUGUGAAUCAGGAUGGCAAAACAAAAGGCAUCACAAUGCCCAGUGCUGUAUCUCAAGCAGCUCUUAUCAAGGAUACUUAUGAAAGAGCUGGUCUCAACCCCCAAAAUAAGGAAGAUCGUUGCCAGUAUUUUGAAGCGCACGGAACUGGUACCCCUGCAGGAGAUCCACAAGAGGCUGAGGCCCUUCACACUGCAUUUUUCAAUAACGAUCAAAGAGAUGCUGGCGAUAUUCUUUAUGUUGGAUCUGUGAAAACUGUGGUCGGUCACACCGAAGGCACUGCGGGCUUGGCUGGCAUCAUCAAAGCCUACCUGUCUAUAAAACAUGGAGUUAUUCCUCCCAACCUCCACUUCGACAAACUCAGCUCGUCAGUGGAGCCAUUUUAUCGAAACCUGCAGGUAGUCACAUCCAACAUGCCAUGGCCGAAAUUGUCCCCUGGCGAAGUUCGAAGAGCGAGUGUGAAUAGUUUCGGCUUUGGCGGGACAAAUGCCCACGCCAUCCUAGAAAGCCACCACCAGCCGAUGGAUGAAACCACUCCGACGCAUAUUGCUGCUUCUACGAAAUUGGAAAGUAGCGCUCCGCAUUUGCCCUUUGUAUUCUCGGCCGCGUCAGAGCCCUCGCUCAAGGCCUUGGUUGACUCAUACUGCAGGUAUCUUGAGGAUAACAGCAGUGUUGAUCUUCGGAGACUAUCGUACACCCUCAAUUGCAGACGAUCAGCGUUUGCUUACAGACUAGCUUUCUCAGCAGCAACACAAGAGGAGCUAUGCAAGAAACUCAAAGAGUGUGUUGGUGAAGAGGCCAGCCUGUCUAUUAUACGAUGUACCGUAUCCAAACCAUCCCUCUUCGGAAUUUUUACCGGCCAAGGUGCGCAGUGGCCAAGAAUGGGAGCAGCGCUACUACAAUGCUCUCAGAGGGCAAAGAGCAUAAUCAAGGAACUCGAUGCUUCGCUUGCAGCGCUACCAGAGUUGGACCGCCCGAACUGGACACUCCACGACGAGCUUUUGGCAGAUGCUUCUGUGUCUCGCGUCGGUGAAGCCACAAUUGCGCAGCCUCUUGUGUGCGCUAUACAGAUAUUACUGGUCACCUUGCUUCAGGACGCAGGCGUCCAGUUUCAAGCAGUCCUUGGCCACAGCUCUGGCGAGAUUGCUGCGGCAUUUGCUGCUGGUUUCAUCGGCAGCGCGGAUGCUAUUCGUAUUGCUUACUACAGAGGUCUUCAUUCCAAACUAGCCCAAAGCCCCAACGGCCAGAAAGGAGGAAUGGUCGCCACAGGAUUAUCUUACGAAGAGGCGAUAGAGCUUUGCGAGCACGAGGACUUCAUCGGACGCAUCACCGUGGCUGCUGCCAACUCUGCUAACAGCGUGACUAUUUCUGGUGAUUUGGAUGCCCUUGAAGAGUUACAGCUGGUACUAGAGGAUGAAGAGACGUUUUGCCGAAGCUUACGGGUUGACAAAGCCUACCAUUCCCCCCACAUGAAUCCGGCAUCCGAACCGUUCCUUCAAAGCGUCAAUGCUUGCUCUGUGAAAAUCAAAACCCCCCCAGAAGGGGCCCCAACUUGGUACUCCAGUGUCUAUGGAGGGAAGACUGUUGAAGCAAGUGACGCCCUAAAUGCGUCAUAUUGGAAUCAGAAUUUAUUGAGCCCGGUACUCUUCCACCAGGCCCUGGUGACUGCUCUUCAGGCCGGCCAUACUUUCAACGCCGCCGUUGAGGUAGGUCCCCACCCCGCCCUCAAAGGUCCUGCGACGGAUGUCAUCAAAGACACACUAAGCAAGGACUUAUACUACACUGGCACUUUGGCUCGUGGAAAGAAUGACAUGGAAUCCUUCACCAAUGCUUUGGGCUAUAUCUGGACCACCUCGGGUCCCUCUGCGAUUGACUUUUCCAGCCAUCAGCAGGCGUUGUACCAGGACUUGAGUCCAAUCCCAAUCCUGCAGGAUCUCCCCACAUACCCUUGGAACCAUGAUCGUGUGCUCUGGACGGAGUCCAGAGGUACUAAGCUAUGGCGCCAACAGGAGGGGAAAUUUCAUGACAUUCUUGGAACUCGCAUAGCCGAUGGCACAGAGGAAGAGUGGCGCUGGAAAAACCUCUUACACCCAAAGGAGCUCCCAUGGGUGUUGGAUCAUGCCUUGCAAGGACAGACGGUAUUUCCGGGAACGGGCUAUCUCUGUCUCGCCUUGGAGGCUGCUGUUCAAGUCGCAGGAAAAGCCCCCAUUCAACUUCUUGAGUUAACAGACUUGAGCAUCCGUAAAGCAAUUGCCAUUGAUGAUAAUGUCGGCACUGAGACGCUUGUUUCAAUGACCAAAAUUGUCCGGACAGAAGAUGAAAUCACAAUGGCAUUUGCCUGCUUUUCCACUCUCAGCAAGGAAGCCGCUGGCCUUGCAUUGAAUGCCAUCGGUAAUGUUCGUGUGCAACUUGGCCAGGCGAUUCCCGAUAUACUCUCGCCGCGAUCUCCACCUAUGCAUGGUAUGCGACCUGUGUCAGCGGACCACUUCUAUAGCGAAGUCGCCAAACUUGGAUACAACUAUGGACCAACUUUCCGCGGCAUCUGCAGCCUAGAGCGCAGGUUGGGAGCUUCAAGAGGUGAUAUCAUCGGCCCAGCUAAUGAUGAGACUGGAACAACGCUACUCUUCCACCCAGGUAUGCUGGAUGCAGCCCUUCAGGGUAUGCUGGUUGGUUUUAGCUCUCCAGGAGACGGUCGCCUUUGGUCCCUGCAUGCCCCAUCUCGCAUAAAGCGAGUAACACUAGUUCCGAGUUUGUGCGGAGCAAAUAUGACAAAGAAAGUUUCAUUCGACUGCGCCGUUACCGACGUCGAGUUCAAUGAAUUGACUGGUGAUGUAGAGGUUUUCCAGGAUGAUACCGGCUACAAGUCCAUAUCAGUGGAGGGCGUUGCUUUCAUUCCCUUUACCGCUGCUACGGCCAUAAAUGAUCGCCAUCUUUUUGCACACAAUGUAUAUGCCAUUGAGAGUCCUGAUGGAGCAGUUGCGCUGGGGCCUCGACGUGCGACAGGGAAUGAAAUACAAAAGGGCCAUGAUUGCGAGAGGGUAGCAUUUUACUACUUGCGAACUUUGCACGAGGGGUUUUCCGAGGCAGAACGAACUUCAUCCGACUUACCACGCCACCAUCGGGCUCUGCUCGACUACGCUGCGUACAUAUACAACAUUGUUCAACGAGACGAGCAUGCCUACGUGAAGAGAGACUGGGUCAAUGACAGCUAUGAACAGAUCCAAUAUAUUAUUCAAAGUUACGAUGCCACUGAUCCGGACUUCCAGCUUACGGCUGCCUCUGGAGAGAACCUCGCUGCAGUGGUUCGAGGAGAAACCACGAUAUUGGAGCACUUGACCAAAGACAAUAAGCUGAACAAUUACUAUCAGCAUGCUCUGGGGUUUCACGAGCUAAACGACCUCAUUGCGGCGGUUGCGAAGCAGAUAUCCCACAGAUAUCCCAACAUGAAUAUUUGUGAGAUUGGUGCUGGAACUGGUGGAUCGUCAAGGCGCAUUCUCGCCGAGUUGGGCCAUGCUUACUCGUCAUAUACCUAUACCGACAUAUCAAGCGGCUUCUUUACGAAGGCCCAAGAAGACUUUGCGGAUUACCAGCAGCGAAUGAUCUACAAGACACUGGAUAUCACCUCUGAUAUUGUCGAACAAGGAUUUGAAGAAGGCGCUUAUGAUAUGGUGGUAGCUGCCAACGUACUCCAUGCUACCCCAGAUCUGGUGGUCACACUGUCUAAUGCCCGCAAGCUCUUGAAACCAGGAGGCUAUUUGGUUAUGAUGGAGUUUAUUGACGAGAGUGUCAUGCGUCUGGGUGUCAUCAUUGGUGGGCUCCCGGGCUGGUGGAUUGGGGCUGACACGGGCCGCAAACAUUCGCCUUGUAUUUCACUGUCCCAGUGGCACCAAACCUUGCUGCAGUCAGGAUUCUCCGGUGUCGAUACAUCCACGCCUGUGUACGACCCGGUCGUCACGCCCGCAUCCAUCAUUGUCUCCCAGGCCAUCGAUGAAAACGUGUCUCUACUGCGGGCACCCCUUACGUCUUCCCCUGGCACUGGUAUCCCGAAGAACGCGGAUCUUAUUGUCCUGGGUGGUGCUAGAGAGUAUACGAGCAAGAUUGUGCAGGACAUCACUGACAUAGCGAAGCACCAUUACCGCAGCAUUGUAUGCUGUUCAACCUGGGAUGAGUUGGACGUCUCCAAAAGCCCAGCAAGCCCUACUGUACUGAGCUUACAGGACCUGGACGGUCCUUUUUGGAGGAACAUUACAUCCGAACAGUUUGAAAAGCUCAAGCAUAUUUUCUUGUCGGCUGCAAAUAUUAUGUGGGUUAUUUGGGGGGCCGAUCGCGAUAACGGUGAUGGCGCCAUGACCCUUGGCUUUUUCCGCUCAUUGAUCUAUGAGCUGCCACAGGCCACACUUCAAGUUGUGGACGUCGAUGAGCCUCAGCAGGCAUCAGGCCGCUGGCUGGCAGAGAGAUUGCUGCGCAUUGAGGUCAUCUCGCACUUGAAGAAGACCAGGUCCUUUGACAGAAACAUGUUCAGCAGCGAACCAGAACUCAGGUUGCGAGACGACAAGGUCUUAAUCCCGCGCUGUGUUCCUCAAAUCGAUCAAAAUCACCGAUAUGACUCCCUGAAGCGUGUCAUCCACAAGGAGGUAGACUUGAAGGACUCGAUUGCCACUCUGCAUUGGAUUGGAUCGCAAUACAUUCUCAGAGAAGAGGAGAGAUCAACUCUACUGCCCGUGCCAAACCAUAGACGCGUACAGAUUGACUCAUCACUUCUCUCGUCCAUCACCACACCUGCCGGUCGCCUAUUUUUCAGUUUGGGCAUUGAUAUGGACACAGGAAAGCGAGUGGUAUCCGCCUCCAGUAGCAAUGCCUCGGCCAUUUCCGUGCCUCAGCAGUGGUCUAUUGAGGUAAACAUCAGCAGGAGCAUUGAUGCCCAAUACUUGUCUUUCCUUUCUGGGUACCUUCUGAGCCAGUACCUAUCAUCGAAGCUACCGGUUGGAGGUACGGCCGUCGUGCAUGAAUCUGAUCCGGGCCUGGCUUCUAUGAUGUCCCGACAUUUGGGAAUUAAGGGUUGUAACGUUAUUUUCACCACCGCUGAUACAGAUGUUAGCAGGAGGAACUGGCUGGCAAUGCAUCCUCGAAUUCCUGAGCGUGACCUGAAGCGACUGUUGCCAAAGGAUUGCGACCUGUUCCUCGACCUUUCUGCUACGACCGCCUCUUCCAAGGGCUCGUCAUUCUUGGCUCAAAGAAUCUCUGAGCUGUUACCCUCCCUCUGCGAAAGGCAGAACGCAUCCAUUGUCAUUGCUCGUGAGUCUACACAGCUUUCUGGAUCCCACGAUGAUUCCAUCAAUAGUUUGUUGAAAACUGUCAACACAUUCGCGGAGACACAGCUUAACGGUGUUCCGGAUGGAAUGCCUCUCCGCAUGAUUCCAGUGAGCCAGAUUCUUGGCGAUGACAUCAACAUGGACGAGCUGAGGGGCAUUGUGCAAUGGUCGAGGGAGAGCAGUGUACCCACCAGGGUUGAACCUAUCUCGCUGAGGAAUGAUCUUUUUGUUGCUGACAAGACUUACUGGCUUAUUGGUCUGGCUGGCGACCUGGGUCGUUCAAUCUGUGACUUCAUGAUAACCCAUGGGGCUCGUCACAUUGUACUUUCUAGUCGUAACCCAGUUGUUGAUGAGGAAUGGGUACAACAUCAUGCUUCGCGUAACGCUACCGUCGUUUUCAAGAGAGCAGAUAUCACCAAGAAGGAGGACCUUGUUGCCGUAUUGGACGAGAUCAAUGCAACUCUGCCGCCAGUGUUUGGUGUCGCCAACGGUACACUUGUUUUGAAGGACCGAGGACUAGUCAAUAUGGACCUCGAGACUUUCCAUGCGAAUACGAAGUGCAAGGUGGAGGGCACGGAGUACCUAGACUCACUGUUUCCCGAAAACACGCUGGACUGGUUCAUUGCAUUUUCUUCCAUUGCUGCGACAGUGGGUAACAUGGGGCAGAUGGCUUACACUGCUGCCAACAUGUUCAUGAAAGCUGCCAUCGCGCAGCGCCGCCAGCGCGGCGUCGCUGGCUCUGUUAUAGACAUUUCGCAAGUAUUCGGAGUUGGCUAUGUCGAACGAGAGCUUAAGCAACAGGCUAAUAGUGAACGCGAGCAAGCCAUGAAGCUUAUGGGACGCUCCGGAACACUAGUCAUGUCGGAGCCCGACUUACAUCAGCUCUUCGCCGAGGCCAUCAUUUCGGGUCGCGCAAGUUCAAGUCAUGAUCCGGAGAUUAUUUCCGGACUCCGCAUUAUGGGACAUGCUGAGUCUAAGGAUGCUCUGUGGUCAGGUAAUCCUCGCUUUGGACAUCUCAUCCGGGAGGUGGGCACUGCCAAACUACCCAGCACCGCUAAGACAGCCUCAAUCCCGGUCAAAACACAGCUCGAGGGUGCGAAGGAUGUACAUGAGAAGUCUGCCAUCCUCCGCGCCGCUUUCAAGUCGAAGCUCAAGGCUGCUCUGCAGGUGAGCGCGGACACGCUAGACGAAACCACUCCUCUCAUUGAUAUGGGUGUUGAUUCACUGGUUGCCGUCGAGGUGCGUACAUGGUUUGCACGGGAAGUCGGUGCAGAUGUUGCUGUCCUCAAGAUCCUCGGAGGCCCAUCGAUCCAAGAAUUAGUUGACGACGUUAUGUCCAAGAUUGUCGCAACUAUGGAGACUAAGGAGCCAAGCAGCGACGAGGCCGUUUCAUCUGAAUCGGAUAGGGACGGUAAGACAUCCAGCCCAGCCACGACGCCAAGUGAUGCUGAGCCCAGCGUUACGAGUAAGGAAUAA